AUGGCAUCUUUAACAGGUGGCAGCGAUAAUGAACAUUUAGGUAUUCCCAAGGCUGUUUUUGUUGACGAUGUUGAUAGUUUUAUGCAACAACCUGAAAAUGAUUCAACGGAUACAGUUAUUAAAAGACUUGAUGAUUUAAAUAGUAAAUAUCGCUUUAUGGAAAUGAAUUUAUUACAAAAAAAAAAACGUUUACGAGGAAAAUUACCCGAUAUUCAAAUUUGCUUAGAUAUGGUUGAACAACUUCGCAAAUAUCGUGAAAACGGUACUGACAUGGACACGAACUUUCUUCUAGCUCAUAAUCUUUAUGGAAAAGCAAUAAUACCGCCAACAGAUAAAGUUUGCCUAUGGUUAGGUGCUAAUGUUAUGCUGGAAUAUACAUUGGAUGAAGCCGACGAACUAUUACGUGGCAAUCAAAAAUCGGCACAGAGUGCACUGGAAAAAGUUGAUGAGGAUAUUGAUUUUUUGCGGGAUCAAAUAACAACAACUGAAGUUAAUAUGGCUCGUUUGCAUAAUUGGGCUGUUAAACAGAAGCAACAAAAUAAGAAAUAA